GACAUUUACCAAUACUUGCUUUUGUAGCAAAUAAAUCCAAAUAAUACAAUAACCAUGGAAAAUUAAUAAUAGUUGUCAGCACAGUGAUAAUUUUGCAUGGGCAUAAAAAUUUCACUUUGAGAAACAUUGUUGCUUCUUACACAUUGCUCUCUUUUGCUUUGAGUGCAGAGGGACACCAAUGGCGAAUAAUACAGAGGUUGUGGCCUCUGAGCCAUUGCUAGCUCAUGAGAAGAGGAAGAACAUUAGCCUGAUGUUCUUCAGGUUCAUCUGUGUUGUUCUUUUGUCUGUCGCAGCUUGCUAUCUCUUUGUCAGCAACUUCAGUUCAUGGAUAAGGGAGAUUGAAACAGUGAACGAACAAGAAAUGGUUCAUAUCUGGCCUUUAAUGAAAGGAUUUGGGAGUCAUAGAGCAGCAAUAUUUGAAGGAAGAAGUAUGCGAUCUUUCUGUUGGGAAGUGGAUUCCAAAAGCUGAAGGACCAUCGUACACAGACGAAACCUGUGAUUACAUGGCAAGUUAUACAAAUUGUUUGAAGAAUGGGAGGCCUGAUAGAGGUUUUCUUCACUGGAAAUGGCAACCAAAUGGCUGUGACUUACCUCCUUUCGAUCCACUCAAAUUUCUGAACGCAAUGCGCAAUAAAUCAUUUGCACUGAUUGGCGAUUCUGUCUUCCGUAACCAUGCUCGUUCAUUGCUCUGUCUAUUAUCUGUGGUAGCCAAGGCUGACGAGAUAUAUCACGACAGAACCAACUCCGGCAUAUUUUACUACAAAGAGUACAACUUUACAAUCUAUGAUAUCUGGUCGCCAUUUCUUGUUACUUAUAAGCUUGAAAAAAAUCUGCCAGACUUGGAACUUUAUCUUGAUGUGCUGGAUAGCCAAUGGACCAAGAAUUAUGACAAGUAUGACUAUAUGCUUAUGUCUGGUAGCCACUGGUUCUACAGAAGAGCAGUCAUAUAUGAGAACAACAAAGUCAUUGGCUGCCAUUACUGCCCUGACUUGGAUCUCAACAAGAUAGAGACUGAUGUGUCUUAUAGGAAGGCACUCGAGUUGACUUUCAAAUUCAUCACCACGUCUGAGCACAAGCCCUUUGUUGUCCUUAGGACAUGGUCACCAAAUCACUUUGAGGAUGGAGAGUUCCCUGGCUCAAGAAUUUGCAACAGGACUGAGCCAUUUAAAGAAGGGGAAAUCAAUGGGGAUCCUGCAGACCUUUUAAUGAGGAGCGUUGAGGUUGAGGAGUUUGAGAAGGCUGCAGCCACUGGAGAAAAGAAUGGGGUGAGAAUCGAGCUUCUUGAUACUUAUCAUCUUUCACUGUUGAGGCCUGAUGGGCAUCCAGGUGCCUACAGGAAUUACCAUCCAUUUGAUGGUGGUAAGAAGAAUGUUGAGAACGACUGCAUCCAUUGGUGUGUGCCCGGUCCGAUUGACACUUGGAGUGAACUGCUCAUGAAGAUUGUCAUUCCUUGAAUUGCUCAUCUCUCUGUUUUCUGGUUUGGUCUUAAUUGGAGGAACCUUUUUUCGUAAAGGUUAUAAAUAAUUGGAGAUGUUUAAAUAUGUACUUUUGAGCGAGGAGUGCUUUCUUAAGUUUGUUAUUAAGUUGAUUUGGACUGCUAAGAAGGAUUUCUUGAAUAUGUAAAAUUUCUGUAUUUAUGCAAUGAGCAAGAUGUGUUUUCCUUAAA